AUGACCAGUAGAUAUAGAGUAGAGUAUUCAUUAAAAAGUCACCGUCGUGAUGAAUUCAUUGAAUGGAUAAAAGCGUUAUUGGCAGUUCCGUUUGUGUUACAUUCGGAUAUCGAGAGUGAAAAAUUGGAAUUCAAUGAUUUGAAAGAAUAUGAAUAUUUCACUAAUAAGAAAGAGUUGGACAUUGAAAAAGAAUGUAAGAAAAGAUAUUUCGAAGUUUUCCAAGAUGUUGAAAAGUUAAUUGACAAUACAAGAGCUUUAAACGAGAAGAACAAUGGAUUUGUUCCUAUUUCAAGGUUGAAGAAAUUAGUUCCUUCAAUUGGUGAAUUCUUUACCCGUUUACCUUUAACAGAGGCAUUCUUAGUUGAAGAUGAAAGGAGAUCAAUCAGUAAGAGAAGGUUGGUCAGUCCAAGUUUCAACGAUGUCAGACAAAUAUUAAACACAGCUCAAAUUCUCCAAUUACAAAAAGAUUAUAAAUCGGGACCCACUAAAUUGAAAUUGAUCACUUUUGAUGGGGAUGUUACAUUAUAUGAAGAUGGAAAAUCAUUGGUCAAGAGUGACCCUAUAGUGUCAAGAUUGAUGAAAUUGUUAGAGUCAGGGUUUUUCAUAGCUGUUGUGACUGCAGCAGGUUACCCUGGCCAACAAGGAUCAAUACAAUAUUAUUCUAGAUUGAAAGGGUUGAUUGAUGCCAUAAAUGAGAGUGAUUUACCUCCAUCCAAAAGAAGUAAUUUAUUGGUCAUGGGAGGUGAAUCUAAUUAUCUUUUCCGUUAUGAUAAUGAGUUGAAGAACUUCAAAUUCAUCGACGGGAAAGAUUGGUACUUACCAUUAAUGAUAAAUUGGGAUAAACAUCAUAUUGAGAAUAUAAUGGAAAUCAUCUUCAAUCAUUUAUCCAAUUUGAGAAUCAAAUUUAACCUCCACGACGAUUCUAAGACCUUGAUUAUCAGGAAGGAAAGAUCCAUUGGUAUUAUUCCGAUUAAUGGAUAUAAAAUAAUUAGAGAAUACUUAGAAGAAAUAGUACUUUCUUGUGCCAAUAAAUUGAAUGAAAUAGUUAAUCAAUUAGCUUGCCAAGACAUCAAGGUAUGUUCGUUCAAUGGAGGUUCUGAUGUUUGGAUCGAUAUUGGAGAUAAAUCAUUGGGUGUUGAAAGUUUACAGAAAUAUCUUUGUCAAGAUGAAAAUCUAGAAUUUUGUCCUAUAAGAAAAAGUGAAAGUUUGCAUAUAGGGGACCAAUUUGCAUCUGUUGGAGCCAAUGAUUUUAAGGCACGGUUGAGUGCAUGUACUGCCUGGAUAGCCAGUCCCAAAGAAACUGUUGAAAUCUUGGAUCAAUUAAUAGGAGGUUUGUAG